GGAGGAGAAGGCGGCGGACGGUGGGGAUUGAUGCUUCUGUUUUUUGUUGCCGCUGCUGCCCUCGCGCUGGGAGCUGAGCCGGAGGGAAGGCAGUGGAGAGAUGAUUGCAGAGUUGGUCAGCAGCGCUCUGGGGCUCGCCUUGUAUCUCAACACCCUAAGUGCGGAUUUCUGCUAUGAUGACAGCCGUGCUAUCAAGACUAAUCAGGAUCUACUCCCAGAAACACCAUGGACGCACAUUUUCUACAAUGAUUUUUGGGGGACUCUUCUAACCCACAGUGGCAGCCACAAGUCCUACCGGCCACUCUGCACGCUUUCUUUUCGCCUGAACCAUGCCAUUGGAGGGCUGGAUCCCUGGAGUUACCAUCUUGUCAAUAUCCUACUGCAUGCGGCUGUCACCGGUCUCUUCACAAGCUUCUCCAAGAUUCUCCUUGGGGAUGGAUACUGGACCUUCAUGGCGGGCUUGAUGUUCGCUUCUCACCCCAUUCACACGGAGGCGGUGGCAGGAAUCGUGGGGCGGGCCGAUGUUGGAGCUAGUCUCUUCUUUCUCCUCUCCUUGCUCUGCUACGUUAAACACUGUUCCACAAGAGGCUACUCAGCCAGGACUUGGGGCUGGUUCCUGGGGACAGGACUGUGCGCAGGAUGCAGCAUGUUGUGGAAGGAACAAGGAGUGACUGUUCUUGCAGUCUCAGCAGUUUAUGAUGUCUUCGUCUUUCACAGGCUAAAAAUGAAACAGAUCCUACCUACCAUUUACAAAGGGAAGAAUUUGUCUCUUUUCCUCAGCAUUAGUUUGUUAACUCUCUGGGGGACUUCCCUUUUGGGUGCCCGUCUGUACUGGAUGGGAAACAAACCACCAAGCUUUUCCAACUCCGACAACCCGGCUGCUGAUUCAGAUAGCCUCCUGGCUCGCACGCUCACCUUCUUCUAUUUGCCAACAAAGAACCUCUGGCUGUUGCUCUGCCCAGAUACCCUCAGCUUUGAUUGGUCCAUGGAUGCCGUGCCUCUGCUCAAAACAAUUUGUGAUUGGAGAAACCUACACACUGUGGCCUUCUAUAUUGGACUUCUCCUCCUCGCCUACUAUGGUUUAAAGAGCUCAAGCAUGGAAAGAGAAUGCAAUGGGAAAUUUGUAACAAAUGGCAGGCAAAAUGCAAAUGGACAUAGCUGCCAUUCAGAUGUGGAGUACCGGAACUCAGAGAUUAAGGCCAGUUUUGCACCCAAAGUAGAAAAUGGUAUUAAAAGUAAUGUAUCACAGACAACGCAACUUCCUUCUACGGAGAACAUUGUUGUUCUGUCUUUAUCUUUGUUAAUAAUACCCUUUGUUCCUGCCACGAACCUGUUUUUUUACGUCGGCUUUGUAAUUGCAGAGCGAGUAUUGUAUAUCCCUAGUAUGGGCUUCUGCCUCCUCAUUACCGUGGGUGCCAGAGCCCUUUAUGUCAAAAUCCAAAAGCGGUUUCUGAAGAGCUUGAUUUUUUAUGCUACGGCUACAUUAAUUGUUUUCUAUGGACUCAAGACUGCAAUCAGGAAUGGAGACUGGCAGAAUGAGGAAAUGCUGUAUAGGUCAGGGAUAAAAGUAAACCCAGCUAAAGCAUGGGGUAACCUUGGAAAUGUUCUGAAGAGUCAGAGCAAAAUUUCUGAAGCUGAAAGCGCCUAUAGAAAUGCUUUGUACUACCGAAGCAACAUGGCUGACAUGCUUUAUAAUUUGGGAUUACUUCUACAGGAAAACAGCAGGUUUGCAGAAGCAUUACAUUAUUAUAAAUUGGCGAUCGGGAGCAGGCCUACACUGGCUUCUGCAUAUUUAAACACCGGUAUUAUUCUAAUGAACCAAGGAAAGACUGAAGAAGCCAGGCGCACAUUCCUAAAGUGUUCUGAGAUCCCUGAUGAAAACCUAAAGGACCCUCACGCACAUAAGAGCUCAGUCACCAGCUGUCUGUACAACCUGGGAAAGCUCUACCAUGAGCAGGGACACUAUGAGGAAGCCCUUAGUGUAUAUAAGGAAGCUAUUCAGAAAAUGCCACGGCAGUUUCCCCCACAGAGCUUAUACAACAUGAUGGGUGAAGCGUACAUGCGAUUAAGCAAACUCCCUGAAGCAGAGCAUUGGUAUAUGGAAUCAUUGAGAUCCAAGACCGACCACAUUCCUGCUCAUCUCACCUAUGGGAAACUACUGGCUCUAACAGGUCGUAAGAGUGAGGCUGAAAAGUUCUUCUUGAAGGCUAUUGAGCUGGAUCCCACCAAAGGAAACUGUUACAUGCAUUAUGGUCAGUUUCUUCUGGAAGAAGCUCGCCUCAUAGAAGCAGCCGAGAUGGCAGAAAAAGCAGCUGAACUGGACAGCACAGAGUUUGAUGUGGUCUUCAAUGCUGCCCACAUGCUCAGACAGGCUAGCCUCAAUGAAGCAGCUGAGAAGUACUAUGAGCUGGCAGCCAGGCUGAGGCCUAAUUAUCCGGCUGCGCUGAUGAACCUGGGAGCCAUUCUGCACCUCAACGGCCGACUGCAGGAGGCUGAGGCCAACUACCUGCGGGCGCUGCAGCUCAAGCCCGAUGAUGUCAUCACGCAGUCCAAUCUCCGCAAACUCUGGAACAUCAUGGAAAAACAAGGCUUAAAGACUUCCAAGACCUGACGUACGAGGGCGGUAUACGAGGGCGGUACCUCGUCCUCCUCCCUGUUUUAAGCGGGCUUCACUAACGAACAGGACUUCCCAGAA